CCUUCUGUCCCCUCAGACUCCAUCCAGCCGUGAAGCAGGAGGGGAGUAAAAGAAGUGAAGCCCCCACAAAGUCUCUGAUAUCUUAUCGAAUGUAUAGCUGAGGAUAUAUAUUUGGUUCAGUGGGAGGAAGAGGAGGAGGAAGACGGACUCCUCAGGUCCAGUAACCAAACAGCCUCCGCACCAGACGGAGUCUUCACGCGCAGCGGAGAGAUGGACGCUCUGCGCCCGGAUCUGAGCGCCCUGCUGCGGCGGUGUCUCUGCCGCCUCCUGCCCGUCCUGCUGGGGUUCUUGGUGGCCACCACGGCGGCCUGGGAUCUGGUUCUUCUCCACACCAACGACGUGCACGCCCGGGUGGAGGAGACCAGCGUGCACUGUGGGAAAUGCGGCAGCGGCGGCUGCUUCGGCGGCGUGGCCCGGAGAGCCACCAUGAUCAACCGGAUCCGCAGCGAAGGGACCAACGUGCUGCUCCUGGACGCCGGGGACCAGUUCCAAGGGACCGUGUGGUUCAACUUCUACAAGGGAGCAGAGGCUGCGCACUUCAUGAACAAGCUGCACUAUGACGCCAUGGUUUUUGGAAACCAUGAGUUUGACAAUGGAGUCGAUGGACUGAUGAAGCCGUUUCUAGAGAAGGUGGCGUUUCCCAUCCUUGGAGCCAACGUCAAACCUGAUGAAACUCUGGCCUCCACAUUCGGCAAAACAUAUUUACCCUAUAAGAUCUUUACGGUCGAUGGCGAGAAGGUGGCCGUGGUGGGAUACACCUCACGGGAAACGCCUGCUCUAUCCCAACCUGGACCACAUGUUAAGUUUGAGGAGGAGGUGGACGCCCUGCAGCUGCAGGUCGACAAGCUCAAGACGUUGAGGAUCAAUAAGAUCAUCGCUCUGGGCCACUCCGGCUUCACCAUGGACAAGGAGGUCGCCAAAAAGGUCCGCGGCAUUGACGUCGUCAUCGGAGGGCACACCAACACCUUCCUGUUCACAGGCCCGCCUCCUUCCAUCGAGACUCCAGCAGGAGAUUACCCCUUCAUGGUGACAUCCGAGGAAGGCCAGAAGGUCCCGGUUGUGCAGGCGUACGCCUUUGGAAAGUAUCUGGGCAAACUGACGGUGACCUUUGAUGAUGACGGGAAUGUUGUGAGCGCCACUGGAAACCCCAUCCUGCUCAACAGCAGCAUCCCGCAGGAUCCCGACAUUCUUGCAGAUGUGGAAGAGUGGAAGAAAAGUUUGGCCAACUACUCGGCUCAGGUCGUGGGAAAGACUCUGGUCUUCCUGAACGGGAAGAGCGAGGACUGCCGCAUUCAUGAAUGCAACCUGGGAAAUCUAAUCUGCGACGCCAUGAUCGACAACAGCAUCAGGUUCUCGAGAGAUGAGCAGUGGAACCACGUCGGCGCCUGCAUCAUGAACGGAGGCGGAAUCCGAACAUCCAUCGAUGAACAAACCCGAAAUGGUUCGAUUACGAUGGAGGACCUGAUCUCCGUUUUACCCUUCGGGGGAACCUUCGACCUGGUGCAGGUGAAAGGCUCCACGCUGAAGAAAGCCUUCGAGCACUCAGUGAAACGAUACGGCCAGAGAAGUGGAGAAUUCCUGCAAGUGUCAGGAUUUCGGGUAGAGUACGACCUCACCAAACCUCCAGGACAUCGUGUGAAAAGUCUUAGUACCCUCUGCACAAAAUGCCGUAUUCCUCAGUAUGAACCAGUCCAGGACGAGACCAUCUACAAAGUGGUGCUGCCGUCCUACUUGGUGACGGGCGGAGACGGAUUCUCCAUGUUUAUAAACGAGACGCUCAAACACGACAGUGGGGAUUUGGACAUUUCAGUUGUGUCAAACUACAUCGCACAGAGACAGAGAGUUUAUCCUUCUGUUGAAGGACGUAUCCAGAUCUACAACUCAGCCUGUGGACUUAAAGGCCAAGCGACUGUGCUGCUUUUACUGGGGCUGCUGUGGAGUCUUUUUUGGAGCAUGUAAUGCUACUCAAACACAGAAGGACUUUUACCUUUUAAUUUUGAUGCUUUUAUAGACUGCAUGCGGACUUCGUGAAUUAGUAGAUGUCCCAGAUGUAAGCUUCCAGGACUCUUUAUAUUUUUCACUUUGAAGUUUCCAAAGAGUCAGUCUGGCAGUGUCCUCGUAGACUCUACGUGGACCAAAUUUGAAGAAAACUACAGAAACUUUAAUGCUGUGAUAACUCUAAUCACCACUAGAUGGCAGCUUCAGGAGGAAAAACCACAAAAGAAACAUUAAAUGUUUAAAUUAAAUAGUUUAUCUUUUGCAUGAGAGAGAAUCACAGCAGCUGGACAGUAUUUACUCCCAUGUCUUUUACUUGCGACUAAGUAUUAUUUAAAAGUUUAGCAUUUAUUUGGCAUUCAACAUUCUGCUCUUCCUUCGGGUAGAAACAAAUGAAACGAGUCAUUUUUGGAAAAUUCAGAGAAUUGUAAAAAAAAAAUACUUGAUUAAAAUGUUUGUACAGGUCCUCAAAGAAAUCCUCAUAAUCACAACAAAACACAUAAGAAAUCAUAAGACUUUUCCAACAAACAAAGUAAACAAAAGCAGAAUAAUUGUUUUUAUGAAUAAUUAUUUAAGUUAUUUAUAAUUAACCAUAACAAUGAUGAUAAAUACUAUAAAACCCACCAUGUUAUUAAUAAACCUGUUACAGUGUA